AUGGGGAGAAUAUUGAAGAAAGUUGUAUCAUUGAGAAAAUUCUUAGAUCGCUUACAACUUGAGUUUGUUAGUAGUACCAUUGAAGAGUCUAAUGACUUGGAUACCAUGAGCCUUGAUCAACUAAUGGGGUCCUUGCAAGCAUAUGAAGAAAGAUUGCAGAAGAAAGGAGAACCGAUGGCUCAAGUUCUCCAGACAAAUGUCUCCUUGGGAGGAUCAAGCAAUCAAUUAGGAGGACGAGGGCGUUGGAACUAUGGCUCCAAGAGAGGUGGCGGAAGAAGAUAUGACAAGUCCAAUGUUCAGUGUUACAAUUGUCGUAAAUAUGGUCACUAUGCUUCCGAAUUUAGGAGUGACACCACGAAUAAUGAGGAGAGAGUUAAUUAUGUUGAAGCAAUGAAAGAAUUGUUGUUGUUGUUGGCAACCAAAGAAGAAAAGGAUAAACAAUCGUGGAACCUUGACAUCAGUGCCGCCAAUCACAUGAGUGGCAACAAAGAGUUAUUCACAACAAUAAAUUAUUCGAUAAAAGGCAACAUUGUUUUUGGAGAUGAAAACAAAGUUCUAAUAAAAGGCAAAUGUGAUGUUCUUAUUCGUGCUAAAAAUGGAAGUCAUCUUUUGAUUUCUCAAGUUUAUUAUGUACAUACUUUGAAGUAA